UUACCCGGCAAGGCCUCAAUGAGCGGCAGUUGCAUCGCCAUCCCUAUCCAACCAAUAGCCGCUGAACGUAAACACUCCGUCCGCCUUGGCUUUAUCCGGAGAACCAUGGAUCAGCGCCGCCUCGGAGGAGAAUAAAGAUAAGACGGUCUGCUGGCCUCCCCGGCCCGCUGCCUUUGCUUUCUUUUCCAUUUUUCUUCAAGCAUCUCUAACAUUCCAGUCUUAAGCCCUAAAAAGACAAGGCAAGAAAGAUGCAGUUGAAGAAUCUUCUGCCCGCCGCGGCAGCCCUGCAGGCGGCUACCGCGCAGGAGCUGAUGCGCUUCGGAUGCUCCCAGCUAACCAUCGACCGAAUCGACCCCCUGGUCGAGCCGGGCAACAUGCCCUCGGCCCACAUGCACCAGAUCAUCGGUGGUAACUCCCUCAACGCCUCCAUGACACCCGGCGACCACGACCCCCCGACCGUCUCCACCUGCACAUCGUGCACGUACUCGGAGGAUUUCUCCAACUACUGGACCGCCAACCUGUACUUCCGCGCCAAGAACGGCACCUACAAGCGCGUCCCGCAGGUAGCCAACCUAGGUCUCGGCGUCGAAGCCGGUAUGACCAUCUACUACAUCCGCGGGUACCAAGCCAGCGCCAAGGUCACCGCCUUCCCACCGGGUUUCCGCAUGCUAGUCGGUGACCCGAUGAACCGCCAAGCCAGCACCAUGCAAAAGGGCCUUUGCUACCGCUGCGAAGCCAACAUGCAGCAGAACCCCUUCGGCGGCGCCCCGUGUACCGGCCAGGACACGCAGGCCUUCCCAGCUCAGCCCUGCGGCGGCGGCUGGCGAGUAACGGUCCACUUCCCGUCGUGCUGGGAUGGAAAGAACACCGAUUCGCCGGAUCACAAGACCCACGUCGCGUACCCGGCGUCGGGAACGUUCGAGACUGGUGGUGCUUGCCCGUCCACUCACCCCGUUAAGAUCCCCCAGAUCAUGUACGAGAUCAUGUUCGACACCCGCCAGUUCAACAACAAGGCUGAGUGGCCCGACAACGGCCAGCCCUUCGUCUGGAGUAUGAACGAUACCACUGGUUACGGUCUACACGGUGACUACCUGUUCGGCUGGAAGGGUGACGCUCUCCAGAAGGCUAUGGAUGGCAAGUGCUCCGGUGACCGCUGCGCGCCGCUGCAGAGACAGACCGACAAGCAGGCCAUCGACUGUAUCAAGGGCCAAAGUGUUAAGGAGGAUAUUGGUGACGACUGGCUCCCCAACUUGCCCGGUUGGUAAACGUCGGUAUAUUGGAAGAAGUUCAUGUCGAGGCAGGUUUGAAAACCUGUUGAGCCUGGAAUUUUUGUUUAUAUUGUUCGCUACGAAGGAGACUUAUUAGAUUGUCAAAUAUACAUACCAUUAUAAAUAUGCCAUACCAGCCAAGCUCUAAACCCUUAUCAUAGGCCGAGGCCUAUAACGGUAGAUCUUUCGUAUCGAAAGUGGAUGGCGGGGGAAGGGAUGUAUGUCCAGUGUAUUUAUAGAACGAAGGGAGGUGAGAAAGUGAAACCCUUCCGGGUUGUUUCAGUGAAG